AUGGACUUGGAUCCUCGCUUACAAUCAGACCAUGGCGGGCGGGGCUCACCUUUUGGCUCUGGCGCUGGCGCCCGUUUGAAUUCCUCAACGCCAUCACCAUCGAGCCAACUCGAGGCGACAGCACAGUCGCAUCAUCGUUCUGCUCCCCGCCACGGGACUGACACCUCCGACAGCCCGUCAACUGGACUAGGCACACCGGGCCAGCCUCAGCAACAGCAGCAGCAUAAGGAUGGACCGGACCACGACGAAGAAGGUGCUGCGGGUGCGGCUGGUGUCGAUGCGAAAAAGUCGAGAGCCUGCGAAGCGUGUCGUGGGCUCAAGGUGCGAUGCGAGCCCGAUCCGGACGAUGAAAAUGCGCCGUGCAAGAGAUGUAAGAAGGCGGGGAGGAAUUGCGUUGUGACGAUGCCGACGAGGAAGAGGCAAAAGAAGACGGAUAGCAGGGUUUCGGAGCUCGAGAAGAAGAUUGAUGCGUUGACGGCAAGCCUACAAGCUCGGGCGGCAGUGCCGGGGAUGGGAAGCGGCUCGACUGGUGUUGGGCCGAGUGGCCAUUCUGUCUCGGGGAUUUCAGCAUCAUCUACGGCGCCGCAGAGACAAGCUUCUGAGGGUAUGUCUGGACUUUGGAUCAAUAAUGAUCCUGCUAGGACUUGGGCUGGUUCCGAGGCUGGUGCGGGUCAGGGAAUCGUCGCCAGUCCUGUGCAACAGACUCAAACUCCGAGGACAUAUCGGCCGUCUGUGUUUGAUCCACCAGAUAUUGCUGCUGGUCAUAAGAGGAAAGCCACCGAGUAUCGCGAUGGCUCCGGCGAAGGGUCUCCUGCGACGGGCGCAUCACAAUGGCCGACAACUGGGAGGGGGAACAGAACCGACAUUAUCGACCGAGGACUUGUCAGCAUGGAGAGGGCUGCCGAGUUGUUUCAGCGGUACAAGGAGCACAUGUUGAGGCAUUUACCUUCUGUGGUGUUUCCUCCGGGCAUGUCUAUCAUGGAGCUGCGCAGGUCGAAGCCCUAUUUGUUCCUUGCCGUCAUGGCGGCUGCUUCGUCGGAAACACAUGGACUCCAGCGCGUCCUGCAGCGAGAGCUGAUGGAGCUCUUUGCCGAGAAGAUUGUCAUCGUGGGUGAGAAGAACCUGGAGCUUAUACAAGCCCUCCAUGUUGCGGUUAUUUGGUACUGGCCGCCAGAGCACUUUGAGGAGCUGAAAUUCUACCAGCUCGUCCACAUGUCAGCCGUUAUGGCCCUUGAUAUUGGCUUGGGAAAGAAAUCGGCUCCCAAGCGUGGUAUGCCGGGUUUCAGCUGGCGAGAGCAUCCGUUCAGACGACAUCCCCAGCCUGAUCCGACUAGCCUAGAGUGUAGACGAACCUGGCUGACGUGCCACUUCCUCGCUGCCAACACGGCAAUGUCUCUGCAUCGACCAAAUCUCAUUCGGUGGUCGCCGUUCAUGACGGAGAGCCUCGAGUUGCUGAGAACAUCAGCGGAUGCUUACCCAACAGACAAGUACUUCUGCCAUUUGGUUUGGACGCACCGCAUGGCCGAAGACAUUGGAGUUCAAUUGUCCAUGGAUGAUCCUGACACUGCUGUCAAUAUCAUGGAUGCGAGGACACAGUACACACUCAGAGGACUCGAGAGAGACUUGGACAAGUAUAUUGCGGCAGUGCCAACGGAGAUGAUGCAACCGACUCUCAAAAUGGGCUUCAGCAUUUUGAAUCUCUACAUGCACGAACUGGCCCUCCACUCCGAUAAUACCACGGAUGCAGUCCGCCCCCCUUUCAGUACUGAUAUCCUCCAAGACGGCAUGGUGAGCAGCGAACCUCUGAGUGCGGCACACAUCAACGCUCUGUCAGCCUGCCUCUCCGCCAUCGACAACAUCUUCCAAACCUUUCUCUCCAUGGACGUCUUCGCCAUCCGAUGCCUACCAGUCUUCACCUUUGUGCGGGUCGCCUACGCCGUCGUCAUUCUCAUGAAGAUGUACUUUUCCGCAUCAAGCCCGUCAUCAGAACUCGGAAAAGUCAUCAACAAGGACAACAUGCGUGUAGCAUACUAUCUCGAAGCGCUACUCGAGAAAUUCAGUGCCACCGCAGCCGACGACAAAUGCCGACCUGCAUCCAAGUUCCUCCUCGUCCUAGUCAUGCUACGCACCUGGUUCCUAAAGCACGGCAAGGUGGACGCCAAACAGGAUGCCCAAAAUCCAUCCACCACCACCGGAGGCUCCUCGUCAAACACACCCGACGCAGGAACACCCUCCAUGCAGCAGCAACAACAACAACAACAACAACAACCCCAGUCCCAUCCCCAACCACCAGACCGCUCAGCCAAUACUCCCCUCCAAGUCCUCUCCGAAGUCGCCAUGGGCCGCGAGUCCAACACCCCCCGACCCUUUUACAACUCCAUCUCCGGCGGCCAGGCGCCUCCUCCGAAUACAUACUACACAGAUACCAAUACGCCGCCUCAGGCACGCGACCCAUCCGCCUUUACGCAACCGUGGAUGAACCAGCCUCAGCAACCUGUUGAUAUGGACAUGACGAUAGGCCUGCCCGCAAACUUUGACUUUGAGAGCCUUGGCGUGCCGUUGGAUCAAUCAGGGGAGAUGUAUGGCGGCGGAGCAAAGAUGGUACUUAAUGAUCCGCUAUUUAGUGACAUGUUCCAGGGGUUGCCAGACCCAAACUUCUUUUCAUUUUGA